AUGCUCGCUUCGUCCUCAUCACCGAAAAUUCCCUCCCGAGGACUUGAAGAAUGCAUUGCCAUUGAGAUUGAAAAGGAAAGGGAGGGAGAAAAACUCACCGGAGAGGCGAAAAGCACACAGACGAGGAGCUGUUGGGUGUCCCAUGUUGGAAUUAAUGGGGCGGAAGAAUGCGGCGACUUUGAGGAGUGGUUUAACUACAGGCUUUCAAGAGCAGCUCCCGAGACAUGCGCUGAGUUCCUUGGAAGCUUCAUCGCUGACAAGACAAACUCGCAAUUCACUAAGGGAGGGAAAUGGCUUGUAUGGAAAUUUGAGGGAGACCGAGACCUGGCCGACUACAUGAAAGAUCGCAGCUUCCCUUUCAACUUAGAGUCUGUUAUGUUCGGGCGGGUCAUACAAGGACUAGACUCGAUUGAAAGGAAUGCACUGAUCAUCAAGCAAAUCAUGCGGCAGAUCAUUACAUCUCUCAAGAAGAUCCAUGACACAGGCAUUGUCCAUCGGGACAUAAAACAGGCCAACUUGGUUGUGACAAGGAAGGGACGGAUCAAGCUCAUCGAUUUUGGGGCAGCAACAGAUCUCCGUAUUGGCAAGAACUAUGUACCCAACCGUGGUCUACUUGACCCGGACUACUGUCCGCGGGAAUUAUACGUUCUUCCGGAGGAGACACCAAACCCUCCACCAGAACCGAUUGCAGCUAUCCUUUCUCCGAUCCUUUGGCAGCUUAAUAGUCCCGAUCUGUUUGAUAUGUAUUCUGCCGGAAUUAUACUCAUGCAAAUGGCAGUUCCGACAUUGAGGUCUUCAGCAGGUCUGAAGAAUUUCAAUUCAGAAAUAAAGAGCGUCGGAUACGACUUAAAGAAAUGGAGGGAGUACACACGGAAAACGCCGGACUUACGUAUACUUGAUCUCGACUCUGGUAGAGGGUGGGAUUUGGCCAACAAGCUUAUUUCUGAGAGAGGAUUUCAGAGACGAGGGCGGUUGUCAGCCGCUGCAGCUCUCAGGCAUCCGUAUUUCUUAUUGGGCGGUGACCAGGCAGCUGCUGUUCUUUCGAAACUAAGCUUGACCCAGUGAAUUUUGAGGUAAUUUACAUAGCCAUUGUUUCAUUAUUAGAUUUGCAUGUGUUUUCUCUUUGUUAGGUAUUCCGUUUGAUUCUUUACCGCUCUUUUCCGUUGGUGUUGCCUAAUCAAACUGUAGUUUUAAAUCUCGGUGACUCGAGUUGAAAGUCGGUCGAUUCAACUCGGUGGGCGAGAUUUCGAGAUGAGUCACUAGGAAACUUGCUUGCUGGUUUUUACUCUGCAAAGCAAACACUUAUAACCACCAUACCGACAACUAUGCAUAUGCUUAGUUCCACUAUUUUUUAUUCUUCAACUUCCAAUUAGUUAUUUUAAAUAUUAGGUCUCCAGUCGAACUGGUUGGACUAUAAGUUACGGUAAGGUGGGCCCAUGAGCCUCUUGGAUGGGUAGGAUCAUCUGAUGGGGGGAGAUAUUGGGGCAUAGCCCACCCUUUGGUGGGCCCAUCAGCUCAGUAGCCCAAAAAUCUCCCAGAUAGGAAGAUUCCUAACC